AUGACUGCCAUAAUGCUCCGAAAUCACUCAAAAUAUCUCCCGGUGCCCUCCACUUGCCCUCUACCAAUCCGCAUAGUGUUUGCUAGGGGCCUGCACUGCCCAGUGGCCUCCUGCGCCUCCCAUUGCAUCCUUCCAUCCCGUCGCAAACCACCCGAAACGCUGCAAUCCGGUUCUUUCAGGGUACAGUAUCUUGAUCGAGCAACGUUUACGAAGAUGGAGAUAAUCGACAAGUGCGAAACGCGUGACGAAAGGAAUCAAUUCGUUUCAUCCAUUGUUGUGUACAACGAUGGGGCAAACUAUUAUUACGCUGAAUCUUCGACUCUCGAACCUGAAGACAUUGACGAGGACAAUGUCGAAAAACUAGAGAAAGUUGUGCUCAUCCCCGUUGGUCAUAUCUUCCCGGCGGUCGCACCCAACCUCCGAACUGUUGAGUCCUGCGAUGCGAAUGUGCAGUUCCUGAAGAAACCUCGAUUGACUGGGUACAGCCCGACGACAACCGAAUGUCAUUCCCGACCGCUUCUUGCACGAGGCCAGCGUGCUUGAUUCUAUAUCGAAGAAUCCGCAUCCGAACAUUGUCAAGUACUUUGGAUGUGUCUUAGAGAAGGAAAGAGUCAUUGGCAUAUGCCUGGAGAGGUGCGUAGAGACUCUUUAUGAGAGAACGUGGCUUAAGAAGGCUACUGUUAACAAGGAUGAGGUUAUGAGGAGUGUGUGCAGUGCGAUAAAGCACCUCCACCGCAUUGGUUUCUGCCACAACGAUGUGAGCUUGGGGAACAUCAUGUUUCGAGAAGAUGGGACGGUAGUUCUCGUCGAUUUCGAUUCGUGCCAACGAACAGGGAACAAGUUGGGAAGCAAGUCCGGUACGCCCGACUUCUGCGAUCUAACUGCGACCCUCUCAAAUCCAGAGAACGACUUUUACAGCAUUGAACGAGUGAGACGCUACCUGGAGACUGGUAAUCUAAUUGCAAUAGACACAGAUGACUGUUGAAAGAUGUAGAUUGCCAUAAAAGUACGUAAUGACUGCCUGAAAAGAGAAUGCAUAACCGUUGCCAUAUCAUUCAGCACCCUUGAAGUCCUAGUCUUACUUUGUGGGUUUGUCGGUGACCCCAGACGUUCCUUUCGAGACCUUGCGCGUACGAUCCCUGCGAUCAGCAGAAGUUUCGGAGGGCUCACGGGUGGUUCCAGUGUCCAUGGAAGACGUGUCCAAUUGCAUGGCAGUACGAUCACCAAUCGUGUGAGCUGUGAAUGUCGUUACGACUGAGGGCCAGUCCUAACAAAGGACUUUUUUCUCUUUUUUCCUUUCCCUCGCCCCGUUUUUAUUGAGUUCUUCACUAAAAUCGGAAGCACAUUGCUGUAGUUUUUACUGUAAUGCCAUCCCAAAGUUCCACUCCUCGGAAAUGGAACAGAGUCUGGACGGUCUGCAGAUCCAUGCAGCAUGGAAGGUACAGCAA